UGGCUCUAUCCCAUGUUUACAUAGAAAACGAGCGUGGAAGGACCGAAAACGACUUAACACGCCAACAAGAAAGGAAAGGCAUUAGAGAUUUGAGACACUGCCAGAGUCUUCUCACAGGAAGUGGAGGCGUGGAGGAAGGAAGACGUUGAAAAAAUGGCACGAGAAAGAAUCCCGUCAGCUUUAUGGCUUCCCUCUCAACCAAGUGUUACUCGUAAAAUGCGUCACGGAAUAUUCUUACUUUUAUGGUUACUUAAUUUUUCUUCUGUAUAUUCAGAUAUAACAGACGGCAAUACGGAGCACCUAAAGCGCGAGCACUCGCUCAUUAAGCCAUAUCAGGGAGUUGGAACAAGUCCCUCUAGUCAGUGGGACUUUUGGGGAAGUACUUUAGUAACCAGCCAGUAUGUACGCCUAACUUCUGACGAGCGGAGCAAACAAGGGUCUAUCUGGAAUACAGUGCCAUGCUAUUUGAAGGAUUGGGAGAUGCAUGUGCAAUUUAAAGUUCAUGGAUCAGGAAGGAAGAAUCUCCAUGGAGAUGGCUUUGCUGUUUGGUAUACAAAAGACAGACUACAUCAUGGCUCCGUGUUUGGCAGUAGUGCCAAUUUCCAUGGGUUGGCUAUUUUUAUUGACACUUUCCCUAAAGAUGAGGCUCCAGAUCGCUCCUUUCCCUAUAUUUCUGCAAUGGUUAGUAAUGGUUCUCUUCCAUAUGACCAUGGGAAAGACGGCCGGUCCACUGAAUUAGGAGGUUGCUCUGCUGAAGUCAGAAAUAAAGACCAUGACACCUACAUGGCUAUUCGAUACUCCAAAGGUAGACUCACGAUUAUGGUGGAUGUGGAUGACAGGAAUGAUUGGAAAGAAUGUAUUGAUAUCGGGGGGGUUCGCCUCCCUACAGGCUACUACUUUGGGGCUUCUGCAGCUACAGGAGAUCUCUCUGACAACCAUGACAUCAUCUCUAUGAAGAUGUACCAGCUGAUGGUAGAACAUACUCCUGAGGAGGACAACCAGGACUGGACGAAGAUUGAGCCUAGUGUCAGUCUCCUCAAGUCCCCUAAAGAUAAUAUUGAUGAUCCAACUGGAAAUUUCCGAAGCACACCCCUCACUGGAUGGAAGGUCUUCCUACUGCUGCUAUGUGCCCUGCUUGGAAUUGUGGUUUGUGCAGUCGUAGGUGCAGUGGUCUUUCAGAAACGUCAGGAAAGAAACAAGAGGUUCUACUAAACCGCUCCAACAUGAUUUCAAAGAACUUUAGAGAUCAUAGAAGGAAAACAUCAAUGUGAAUUUUUAACAACUGUAUAAAUGUUUAUAUUUUUGAAGUGCUUGAUUGGAAGGAAAACUGGUUUGCAUCUACGGAGUAGGAUGCGUGGCUUCAAUGAAUUUAUUUAUGUUGGUCUGUCUGAUUUGGGUUUUGCAAGAUUGUGUUGUGCUGAUGUCUUUUGGGCUGAAGUAUAUAUAUAAAUUACACAUUUUCAUUGCAGUCUUGCAUAGGACAUCUUCAUUUUGUUUAUGCCCUGUAGAAAACUUGUUUUAGUUACAUUUACACUAUCAUAAAGUUUUGGUGAUUUUAUUUUUAUAGCAUUGUUUCGAAAACUUUAUCUGCUUUACUUUGCCAUCUGCACAUUAUAAUUUUGUUCUGCUAUGGAGUACCAUUUUAGAGCCUUUUUAAUUUACUUCGUAAGAGGAUUUUAAUGGACUACACAAGACGAAAUCAAACUGAUUAAAAAUUUCCUUUUCAAAUGAUCAAAUCAAUUUAAAUCUCAUACCUUAUUUUCAGGAAGUACUGUCCUGAUCCAAUUUUGUUCAUGGUCUCUACAGUAGUGUAUUUGAACCUUUUCCCAGUAUUAUACAUUUUUGACCGAACGUGCACCAAAAUGUGGUUGGGUAUUCACUUGUAAGGUGAAUUAAUAUCUCUACAGGAUAACAAGAAUUCAACCUUAUGGGAGUUUUCACCUAAAUCGGUGUUUAAUAAAUUUGGCAAGUUUUACUUUGACCACUGCAAAGAGUAAUUGCAUUGCACUGAAUUACAAUUGUUUCUGAAAGAAGCAAGUUCCUGUAAGAAGUUUAUUUUCUGAUAAAGAGCGAGCAAGCGGGCAAUGAAGUGAUGCUUUUUGGAGAGAAAAUAAAGCAGUUCUACCAGUGGAUUUAAAUGUUUGAUGUUUU